CAUGUGCAAAUUUUCAUGAGUUUUCAAGUCACAAUGGAUCGAGGAGUAUUGAGAGUGAUUUUGUUGGCCGUAUUUCUCAUUUCUGCCACUUCAGAUCCUGUUAAGAAGGAACAAAAAGUGGAUAUUUACAGUUUCUACAUUAACUCUACUGUGACCAGUCGCUACGCCACCACAGUCAUCACAAGCCGUGUGGCAAACAGACUUAAUAAACCUCAGGAUAUUUUCUUUGAAGUGAAAAUACCCAAGAAUACCUUCAUCAGCAAAUUCAGAAUGACCAUAAAUGGAAAACGCUAUGAUGGAGUUGUGAAGGAGAAACCUCAGCGGCAUUCCGUUCAAGUAGUUUCACCAAGACAACCAAGUGCUGGACUCAUCAAGUCUGUUGGAAGGACUUUAGAAGACAUUAAAACAUCAGUGAAUGUGGCCCCUGGCGGUAAAGUCACAUUUGAGUUGACUUACGAGGAACUGCUAAAGCGUCGCCUUGGCAAAUAUGAGCUUCUCAUCUAUGCCCAACCAAUGCAGACGGUGGAAGAUUUCAAAAUUUAUGUACACAUCCAUGAAAAACCAGGAAUUUCCUUCUUGGAAGUGAAAGGAGAUUUGAGCACCAAUGAUCUGGCCACUGCCAUCAAAACCACCAGAGCUGACAAAGAUGCAUGGGUGACCUUCUACCCCACUCGAGAUCAGCAGACCAAAUGCAAAGACUGUGAUAAAAAUGGGUUGAAAGGAUACCUGCUCAUUACAUAUGAUGUUGAAAGACAAAAUCCUAAUGGAGAAAUGACAGUAUCAAACGGGUAUUUUGUCCACAACUUUGCACCCUCAGGUCUUCCACGCAUUUCCAAAAAUGUAGUGUUUAUCAUUGACCGAAGUGGCUCUAUGGGCGGCAAAAAAAUGUGGCAGACACGUUUGGCACUGCUGAGGAUUUUGAGCGAUCUUGCUGAGGACGAUCACUUUGGAUUGAUCACCUUUGACCAUCAAAUUGAACUCUGGAAGCCUGAACUCCUUAAGGCUACUGAGGCAAACCUGGAUGAUGCAAAAUCUUUCGUGAAGAACAUUGAGGACCGGGGAUAUACAGACAUAAACGCUGCAGUGCUGGAAGGAGUAAAGAUGAUCAAUCGGCACCCACAAGAGGGAACGGCCUCAAUCUUAAUUCUACUGACUGAUGGAGAUCCCACAACAGGUGAAAAAUAUUUAACAAGAAUAAUGUCUAAUGUGAGAAAGGCCAUUGGGUCAAAGUUUCCCCUCUAUUGUCUUGGUUUCGGAUAUGAUGUGAGUUUUGAUUUCCUAACAAAAAUGUCACUGGAAAAUAAUGGAGUUGCCCGCAGAAUAUAUGAGGAUUAUGAUGCCGAUCUACAGCUGCAGGGCUUUUAUGAUGAAGUUGCCGUCCCACUCCUAACUGAUAUUCAACUUAACUACAUAGGAGUCUCUUAUCUUACCCAGACCAAUUUUACCUUGUACUCCAACGGCUCCGAAAUUGUGGUAUCCGGUAAAAUUACAGACAACAAUGUGGAGAGCAUCAGCACUGAAGUCAUCGCAAUAUCAAAAGGCAAUAAGGUGACGUACCAUGAUGCUGUAAUAACAAAAGAUGUAACUGAUGUCCUACCUAAAGAUUUUAUGGAAAGACUGUGGGCCCACCUUAGAGUGAAACAACUUCUGGAUAAAGAUCCAAAAGAAGAGGCUCUCAAACUUUCACUCAAAUAUCAGUUUGUUACACCUCUCACAUCUAUGUUUGUUACCAGGCCACAGAACUACUGGGUUACACAGAAAGUAGGAAGCCAGAGUAUACAUUCAGGAGCACCAAGUUUAACAUGUGACAUGCUUUGGUUGACACCUAGUGACUGUGAAGAAGGAAUUCCUUUAGAUUUCCCAAGAAGUCCAGUCAGCCAUGAUGACUAUGAUUUUCACCUCAAAAGGCCCGUGUUUCAUGCUUCAUUUUAUUUUGCAGCUGGAUUUAACAGUAAUCGUUUCAUGCUGCCUGCUGAUGGUCAGUCUAAACCACUUUGUUUUGAUGUUCUUCUUCAUCACAAACUCAGACUGUUGGAGGAUUCCUCUAGAGAGUUUUAUAUGAAUGGAGAAUCCCAGACAACUGAAACAGGAUUUUCUAAAAUUGCCUUUCAUUAUAAAAAGACCCAUAAUCUCACAAUAACCACAAACUCCAUCAGUUACCGUAAUGACAAGGACAAUGUUGACUUACUGUGGGGCCAGAACUUUGCCCUAUCUUACACUGAUGGUGUGGAUCUGAUCCUAACGCACAAUAAAAUCGAUGUUAGCAUGGGGGAUUUCAGUGUCUCCGUUCUUCUUCAUAAGAAUGAAGGGCGUGUGUAUCUGUGGCCUGCUGUUCAACAAUAUCCACAAGAUGGCAGCCCAACAGGCAUUUUUGGCAAAUACAAUAUUUCAUAUGAAAAGGCUCAUGAAUUCAACAAUCCAACUCUAAAGAUUAUGGACAAGAAUGUGAAUGUAAGAUGGGUCUAUCUGAAAGACUCCACAAAGCAUUCAACUCCUAAUGUCCAUUGUUGGCUUGUGCCGUUCGAUGAUGUGAUGAACAGAAACAUUUCUGAUUUUAUUGUUACUCAGAUAUAGAGUUCAAAGCAAAAAAAGUGUCAUCUGAUAUAUUUUGAUGGUUCAUUUAUUCUUUCAAGUAAAUGCUUAAGUGGUUGAAUCACCAAAUGUAAUAAAGCACAUUUCAAGUAACAUACAAUUUGCAUUUACUACUAAGUGGAGUGUGGCUUACAUUUGGUUUUAAAAAAAUGAUCUGUCAAUACAUUUUUUAAUAGAUACUUUUGAGUAAUGCAUGCUGGAUAGAACCAAUUGUUGGGUUUAAAAAAAAUUUAUGCUGGGAUGUUUCAAUCCAUGUUUGGGAAACACACUGUUAAACGUGAAAAGUUGGAUUAACUAAAAAAUUACUUAAAAUGGUAACAUUUUGGUAAUUUAAGUUGAAAAAAAAACAGUUUCAAACUAAAGUAAUUUUUUUAAGUUGAUCCAACUUUUCACUUUUUACAUUGCAGCAACCCAGCAUAUGUGUAUUUAAAACCCAACAGUUGGUUCUGUCCAAUAUUUAUCCAAUUAUUGGUUAUAUGCCGUACAAUAUAAACUGCAUGCAGUCUUAAAUACAGACUUACUGUAAAUUUGGCAUUGGUACAAUAAAAAAUAUUUUUGAUCUUACAUUUUUAAGUUUAAUCAACUAGGAUUUACAAGUCAUUUCAACUAGCUUGACUAGUGAUGAGUCGCUGUAACUUACAGUAAUAAAUAAAAGUUACAUUUGCUUUAGUUAUGUCAACUUUAUUUAUAAGAUACAGCAACUCAUCACUAGUCAGUACAGUUAAAAUGACUUGUUGAUUAAACUUAAAAAUAUAAGUUUUAAUUUAAGUGCAAAAAGAUUUUUUACAGUUGUAAUAAGAUAAUUUUGUAAACAAAUUAAAAAUACUAGAAUAUGGACCUACAUUUUUAAUGUAUUUAAUCUAGUGCUGGGCAAAGAUUAACCGUGAUUAAUUGCAUACAAAAUAAAAGUGAUUUUUAGCAUAUUA